CGCUUUCCAGCUUUAUUAUUAUAUCUCUUCUCCACCCUCCAGUCACGCCUCCUUCCCCUAAUUCCUCCAUCAAGAAACCGCCUCGCCUCGCUUUCCUACUCCGAUACGCCUCCUUUCCUCUGUCUCCGCCGCCGAGCUGAGAGAAUAUCAUCAAACCCUACCAUUUGCAGCUCCGACUUGUAGCGACAACUUGUUCAGGGAAACUCGAAAUCAUGUGGGCCCAGCCUAGCCGGAAGAAUGACGUGGAGGCCGGAGCCUCGAGGCCACUGUACCCGAUGAUGCUGGAAAGCCCGGAGCUCCGCUGGUCUUUCAUCAGGAAAAUCUACUCCAUCAUCUCCAUCCAGUUGCUCGCCACCAUCGCCGUCGCCGCAACCGUCGUCUCCGUGCGUCCGAUUGCGACCUUCUUCGUCAGUUCCGGCGCUGGAUUGGCUGUCUACAUCGUCCUCCUCGUCACGCCCUUCAUUGUUCUGUGCCCGUUGUAUUACUAUCACCAGAAGCAUCCCGUGAACUAUAUUCUCUUGGGGAUUUUCACCAUAUCGAUUGCUUUCGCCGUGGGAUUGACGUGCGCAUUCACCAGCGGGAAAGUUAUCCUGGAAGCUGUGAUCCUGACAGCCACAAUGGUUGUGGGUUUAACCCUCUUCACAUUCUGGGCAGCUAAGAGAGGCUAUGAUUUCAAUUUCCUUGGACCCUUCUUGUUUGGUGCUGUACUUGUCCUCAUGGUUUUUGCUUUCAUCCAGAUUCUGUUCCCGUUGGGUAAGUUGUCACAGACGAUUUACGGGUGCUUGGCUUCAAUCAUCUUCUGUGGUUACAUUGUGUACGACACGGACAACCUCAUCAAGCGCUACUCGUAUGAUGAAUAUAUCUGGGCUGCUGUAUCUCUCUACUUGGACAUCAUCAACCUGUUCCUCUCGUUGUUGACCAUCUUCAGGGCUGCUGAUUCGUAGAGUGCCUUUGAUGAACCCUUUGGAUUCUUAUGAAGUCUUCACACAGCCACUGAGUGAAAUUGUAACUACUGGCUUUAGGGUCUCUACUUUCCCUCUUUGGUUUGGUUUAUGGAUAUUCAGUUGUAGAAGAUAGAUGUAAAUGUGAUGAAACUGUUACUAUUGGGGGAAGAAAUGUUGAAACUGAAUAUAGUAUUUUCUUGAAUGUGCCAGGAAGGUCUCAAGUCGGUUGCUUAUAUGCUUGAGAGUUCGCUUUAGUAGCUAACAAAAACCUGCAGUGUUCAUCCAGCCAGAGGGCACUUGACGUCUUAACCCACAAGGACGUGAUCCCUUGACACGGCAUAACUGCAGUUCAUUCCUUAGGACAUGCUGGUGUUUGACAAGGCCAUUCUCUCAAUAACCUUAUGAUAUAAUUCCUCAGCAACUGUCGAGUUUUACAAACCUGCCAAUGACAUACCACACUUCCCUUGCAAACCUGCAAUUUUGAAGGAGAGGAUUGAUUUCGUCUUCCUGUGCAUAACAUAGGACUCAUCUGCUUGGGAAAGUCUCAACUCCUACUCUUAACGUUUCCGCAAGUCGAGAUCUUUCUCUGCUUAACAGCCAACAGAGAUGCACCUAUUGGAGUGGAAUGACCUGCUGCCAGAUGACAUGGUGAGCGAAUUAUGCAUCUCCUGAAAGCUUCUCAUUCAUUACGUUUUGCGAGAUAGUUGAAAAGCAUGUUCACUAUUGGGCGAGAGCUCACUUUCAAAAAAACGUGCUUAAACUUAUGUUUAGGCAUGCUUUGGCAUUGGACAAUACCGAAACGUUGUCUAGAGCUAGGCUAGAUAUUGGGAACAUGUCGACGUAGUAAAGUGACACUUACGUU